GAACAAUCCGGGCUAACCGAUAACAGCAUUCGGCCACUCAUCCCCUUCGUCCACCAGUCCAAAGCCACGCGGGAGGCUCGGCCUAGCUCCUCCCCGCUGGCCUUGCGCCCUCUCUGGCUCCAUUCCCCUAUCGGAGCCUCCUCCUUCCUUGAGAGCAGCCCGCACACCUCGGCCAAGGCGCCUGGCCCAGCUGCCCUCUGGAACGUACGGGACGGCUCUUCCUAAUCCCUCCAGUUGGCCAUCCCGCACUCUUCUACAGCUUCUUACCGAGGUCUCUGAAGACAAACCUGUAAAAUCUGUGAAUCUGCGGGCGCGCAGAGAGCAAUCGAAUAUCAAACGAAAUGUGCACAUUCAUGUUCCUAUCUGGAUGUAAAUGAAUUGGCUGAAUGAACACAGUCGGGGAGAAACACGGAUCUGACUCCACGUUUUUCCUCACCUGCUGCUCCUGUGGACACCCCAGGCAUUUCUCUGGCAACACCCUGUCUUCCACGGGGGUUUCGCGACCCACUCCCGUCUGCUGACACGCCGGCUUCAUUUUCUGGUGUUGCAGCAAAAAAGGUGCCGCCUGUGCUGGGAAUGGGAUCUUCCACUAUUUAGCAAGGCUUUGCUGAAUGAGUCAUCAAAGCCGGCUGGUAUUGGCUGGGCUGGUGAGCACCCAAGGGAUUGCCUGGCAGAGGCUGCGAGGCCUCGCUUCAUUCACAGAAAUGUGGGGAUGCUAGCCAGCCCUUUCAUUCACACGCGCAGCAUCUCAUUCACAUUUUGCAGUCCUGCUGGCCGCUUCUAAUGAGGAGAGCCGCUCGGGAGCAGUAGGGUUUUCUGGGCAGUAGAGACACGUAAAAAUAGGCUAUGGUGUGUAUAUUUGCUGUUGCUGUGCUAGGAGGAUGACGAGAGGAAUGAAUGCUGUGAGGAUGCUGAAGCAGGUUUGCAGUGUGAUGAUGAAAGGAUGUUCUGCAGAUCAGUAGAAAACCGCUUUACAUUGACUAGGACAUUGCCAUUAUUCAUCACUGCUGGGAUAAGAGGUGCUGACUUAAUUCAGUAUGUCCUGAAUAUACUAAUUAAAUACCUGUAUUUAAGCCGGCUGUUUCACUGUAUUUGCAGUUUGUAUACUGCAGCCUUUAGUCGUAGGAGAAGGAAGGAAUUCCUUAGGCUUUUUUCAUUUAAGGUGUGCUGCAGAUAGUAAUUUAUUUUAAAAAUUACUUUGCACUAUGCAACUUCUCUGGUCUGAAUUUGUUUAUAAUGCAGUGUAUUGUCCUACAUACAAAAAAUGUUUUGCAAAGAAGAUUGAUUUAUGGGAAAAGCCAUAUGGCUUGUGAUGGUCACUGUAUAUCACAUUGUUUGUACACAUUUUGACUUUUAAAGAAAUUGCAGGAGGAAUUAAAUACCUUUUUGUGCAUAUUUUGCUACUUCUCCAGAUCAAAUGUUUGUGACUGACAUGCUUAAUAAAGGCUUUUUUUUUUUUUUUUUUUUUUUUUUCACUGCAGGGUGUCAGUUUGCUGCUACCUGGACUUUUUAAUAUUCUUUCAGGGCUUUUUCAGUUUUUCAGAAUUAAACCAAACAUUCCAGUGAAUUGAAGAUCCUCUUCAUGUUUUUCUUCGGAGUGAAUAUCAGUUGAGAAAGAAAAAACAUCUGUUAAGCCUGUUGUCGGACAUCAGAAAAAUACUUUUCUUCACACAUAGGUACUUAUGUAAUUCCUGCAUUAAAAUAGAAUGUUCUUGUAAAGUAAUAGGGAAGAAGGGUUUCUUUCUCUAUCAAAAUUUGAAUGUUACAGUUUCUGUGAAGGACAGCAUUGACAAAAAGGCACUGGUACGCUGCUUUUGUGGAAAAAAAAUUAUAUAUUCUUUAGUUCUGAUCAUCUGUUCUUAAAACGUUUAAGGUGUCUGUGUUCUGCUGCAGGGGCAAGAGAGAGGGAUUAUAUUUAUGCAAAAAUAAUCCAGAUACUAGCUAUCUAAUUGUGAUUUCUUUAUGGUUUCACAAAUAUAUGAGGUGGAAGAACAUUUUAACAGAUGAAUAUUCAGUUUUGAAGGUAAUUGCCUUUGGUACUAAAAGGGUGGUGGGAGGGGAUAGGAAUUAAAGGUUGGGAGGAAGUAUCUGUUUGAGAAGAUAGGAAAAGGGAAUUUGAGAAUUGAUUGGUGCUAGUGUGCUGUAAGUGGGUGGAUGUGGGUUUUUUUUUUCUUCUCUCUCCUUUUUUUUUGGCUACAGGAAGUGAUUUGCAGUGUUCACAGCCUUUUGUUGAAAAGGGUCCUUCUCAUUUGUGUGAGUCAUGCUUUUGCUGUGAGCGAGUUGGCAGCUCUAAGCAGGACUGGGAUCUCAGUCACAGAAAACUGUUACUUCACCCAACCUUAACAGGGAACCAAACGAAAUUUUUCCUUAUACUCUUUUCUUUUUUACCCUAAACUCUUAUUAACCCUCCGUGUUGUUAUGAAUUGCUUGCUAUGUUAGUACAGGCAUCUCCUGCAUUGGCAUCAGAUUUGCCAGAACAUAUGCAGGAAAGCAGAUAGAAGGGCAUGCUUCAACGUACAAAGUAUAACCGCUUCAGGAAUGAUUCUGUGACAUCUGUUGAUGAUCUUAUUCACAAUUUGCCCAUGAACAGCAAGGUCUCAGCAGUUCCUACAACUUCAGCUUCACCUUCGUACCUGGUCUCACCAGAGGGUCUCCGCAAGGAACAAGAAGAUGGACCCACCACCCUGUGUACCCUCAUCCAUAAAGUGUCCCACUUGAAACUCUCUAGCACGGGCAGCUUUUUGGGUAUCAAAAACCUCUCCUCUGCAGUAAAGGAGCUUGCUGUCUCCAAAUUGCAGGGAAGCUCGAGUGCUUCUAGUUCAGCAGCAGGGGCUUCAGACAACACAUGUAACCUUGUCUCUGCCACUUCGUGUUCUCAGCAGGACGUGAGCAAGAUGAGUAUGGGGAAAAAAGCACGGUCAGAGGAAAUGCUCCUUGGAAGUGAAGAUUGGAAUCAAACUAGCAGUUUUGUCAAUAAAUCCUCUCGAGGAUGGCUGCACUCGAGUGAGAAGAUCCUGGGACCUGGUGUGACGUACAUUGUGAAGUACUUGGGCUGUAUAGAAGUCUUACAGUCAAUGAGAUCUCUUGACUUCAGUACCAGAAUGCAGGUUGCAAGGGAAGCAAUCAGUCGUGUUUGUGAAGCCAUGCCUGGUGCCAAAAGACCCUUCAAGAAACGAAAGCCACCAAGCAAAGUCCUUUCUAGCAUCUUGGGAAAGAGCAAUCUUCAGUUUGCAGGAAUGAGCAUAAUGUUGAAUAUCUCCACCAGCAGCUUAAAUCUAAUGAAUCCAGAUACAAAACAGAUCAUAGCAAAUCACCAUAUGCAAUCUAUCUCCUUUGCCUCUGGAGGUGAUCCGGAUACUUCAGACUACAUUGCAUAUGUAGCUAAGGAUCCUGUUAAUCGUAGAGCUUGUCAUAUACUGGAAUGCUGCGAUGGCCUAGCCCAGGAUGUCAUCAGCACCAUAGGGCAAGCAUUUGAGCUUCGAUUUAAGCAGUACUUGCAAUGCCCCUCUAAGACACCUGCUUUUCCUGAUAGGAUGCAGAGUUUUGAGGACCCAUGGACGGAGGAAGACAACGAGGCAACAGAACAUCACUAUUACAACAACAUCCCAAAUAAAAUACCUCCCCCUGGCGGAUUCUUUGAUGCCAGGCUCAAAACAAGGCUUCCCACUGCUGCAGACACAGCUGAGUCUGCAUCAGGAGUGGGAGGAGAGCAAAUUUAUUAUCAGAGCCAUCACUUAGGAGAAAAACUCAAUGAAGAUUGGCAUCACUGGCCUGUUAAACAAGGCUCUCUGGAUAUUUGUAGUAUGUCAGAAGAGAAAUCAGAAGUAGCACCAACACCGGAGCUGCCAAUAUAUGUAAAUACCCAGCAUAUAAAUAGAGAAGAUCUAUUGGCACUUCAGGCAGAUGCUGAAAGUACCUUCAGUGGAACAGCAGAGGAUGAUGAAGCAACCAGCCCAGGAAAGGAUCUGUUUGACAUGAAACCAUUUGAAGAUGCUCUCAAGAAUCAGAUAUCUGAGGCUAUGUUGAAGAAAUCCACCUCCAUGGGAUGCACCAGUCCUCCUCUAUCCAGAGCAGCUGUCCAGACUGAAGUGGAAGAGCUGAGUACAGAGCCAUGGUACCAAGGAGAGAUGAGCAGGAAAGAAGCAGAACAGCUAUUAAAGAAAUGUGGAGAUUUCCUUGUGAGGAAGAGUACCACAAAUCCUGGCUCCUAUGUGCUGACAGGCAUGCACAAAGGACAAGCCAAGCAUCUUCUUUUGGUGGACCCAGAAGGAACUGUUCGUACAAAAGAUCGUGUCUUUGACAGCAUAAGUCAUCUCAUCAACUAUCACCUUGAGAAUAAUUUGCCUAUAGUUUCUUCAGUAAGUGAACUCUGCCUGCAACAGCCUGCUGAAAGAAAACACUGACUCCAGAUAACUCAUUUAGUUAUUGUAACUUGCGAGCUGUAAUUGGUAGAAAUUGCAGAUCUGAAAAAAAAAUGUACAUUAAAAAAAAAAAUUCACAUACAUUUCA